UAAGAAUCGUGGCAUUGCAGGGGUUCACGAGGAGGACAAAUGAAUGCAGUUACAACGUUUGCGGCCGGGAAAACGCCGAGUGAAAAGAUACUUCGUGGACCAGCACGUGCUAUCAUCUGUCAGUUGUGACAGAAUUGUGUGUUCACCUUUUUUGCUGCAAACAAAAUGGUCGACGUCGCUGCUGCCCUGCCGUCAACCACAGGAGGUGGCUCUUUGAUGGGUCGUACACGAGGCGCCCUUAAGUCCAUGAGGUCAGCCCUUGGCGGUGGAGGAGAGUAUCUUCAAGGGUUAGGAAAUAGAAUAGGCUCUGCAUUGAGCAGCAGCCUUGAGGAAAGUGAAUUGACAACUACGCCGUCGUCGCCACCGUCGCCGCCACAUCCGAUUCCUCAGGUGGUUAAGCAGCAGGAAGACAUUGGUCGAAGAAAGUUGAGGCUUCCAAGAUUCGGCACUGGCUUGUCGUAUGAGGAUUACGAAGCCAUGGCCAGGCACAAGUUGGAAAGACAGGGUAGUGCUAAUUCAUCAAGAUCAUUAAAAAAGUAUCCACCCGGUAUGACGUAUGAGGAAAUAGGAUCGUCCAGGUCUGUACCGGCGAAGAAGGACGUAAAGAUAGAAGAUGAUAACAGUACGGACGAUAAGGAAAGUCAGGAAAGUAUAGAGCCUCUAGAAGAGAAGGAUAUUAAAGCGACAGGACCUGAUCCUUAUGAAAAAUUGAAUUACAAAACAGCCAGGGCUCCAGAUCGCUAUGAGACGGUCAUUUUUCGUUUAGAUAUGCCCUGCAGUAGUGGAUCUGCUAGUGACCAAGAUGGCUAUGGACCAAGCACUAGUCUUGAAUCGAAUAUGGAUGGUCGAAAGGCGUGGCACAGAUCUGGAUCUUCCGGCUCGGUACAGUCUUGGGCAUCCAGUUUAUCGGCUGACAGCCAAUCGGAAGAAGCUGCAGCGGAUUUUAUGAAAUCUUUCGUUCCUUUGCUGUUCGAUGCACCAGGCAGUGUUGAUCAAGAACAAAAAGCUAAAUUUGGGCAGAUGGUUCUUACGGAAUCCGGCAGAGUUUGGUUCUCCAGGGUGGUGAAUGCUAGAAGAGCUCGAGCUUGCGUAUCGGAGGCUUCUUUUUAUUCUCUCGCUCAACAUUUUGCAGUGGCACUUUUUGAGUGUCACGAAGCCGACGAUUUUGCACCUGCUAAAAGUCUCAUGAAUAUGUGUUUCACGUUUUAUCAUGAAGUUGAUGUACCCGGACUAGAACCUUAUAGAGAAUAUUUGUAUACGCACUUGCGAGUUCAGCCAAUUUGGACAUCUAUGCGGUUUUGGACUGCUGCCUUUUUUGAUGCGGUUCAAUGCGAACGGGCCACGAGACCGGUAGCGCCUAGAUCAAAAUCGCUUGAUAGAGAAGCCAUUGCAGCUGACGAUCGAAAAUUUCAAGCGAACAUUGUUUUUGGUCAAUUAGGAACUUUUACGUGCAAUAUGCAUGCCUUCGGUCUGGCGAGGAGUCUUUGUUUGGAAUUUUUGCGAAAACAAUGCGCAAUUGCGAAUUUGUCACCAGAACAAGAGAAAAUGUUGCGUGAUAAUAUCGAGAGGAUGUAUGACGAGACUGAACCUUGGCGAUAGGUUUUUUUUUUUGAGGAAAUUUGAAAAUUUUGAAAGACAAGUUUAGGGUUGAAUUUUGUAAAUAUGAAAAAUUCUAUUACCUUGUUAACAAGAUGGACAUCUUGUUGCCUCUCGUUGCGAGUACGAAUUUAACAGUCAUUCUCAUAACUUAGAAUCCCUUAGUUUUUGGAUUACUGAAGCAAUUGUGCUUAUUAAAUCGAAAAGAAUUAAUCAGUGGUCAAUUAAACAAAAUUAAUGAUUAUGCAUAAGUCAUACGAAGAUAGUCAAUCAUCACGUGUAAUGCCUGAAAUAUUUAUUAUUUUAAAGCAUGUUAGGUUAGUAUUAGCGAACAAAACAAAGUUGCUAAUCAUCCUUUUGUCUGUAGAACUUCAAAAAAGAUCUAACAAUCCAAAAAAUUGUUCGAGAGUCGAUAAUAAAAUGGUUGUGAAAAAAAAAGUAAGGACGAGCUUAUCGGACGCCGUUAAAAAAAACUAAUAAAUAAAUUUCUACAAGAAGCGAAAAAAAUUGCUACUCUCUUUCAAAAUAUCCAAGGCGUCAAUUAUGAGCGAAAUUAACGACACAAGGCUAGUCCAUGUAUUGUGAAAAUUUGUUCAGAGAUGAAAUUUUUGAAACAAAUUUCAUUACGCAAUUAAUACCUCGCGCCAGUCAGCAGAGAAACAUUUUUGAAAUAUAUAAUGAGAGAAGAGAAUGUGCUAUAUUUUGUUAAAGAGCACCUAUAUCCAAAACUGAAAUAUAUCUGAUAUAAUAGGUAACGUACUGAUGAAAAUUCAAAACGCAGUGUUUCAAUAGAAGAUAAAUAAUUGUUUUUGCGCGAUUAAACAAUCGAGUUUUAAUGACGUAAUAAAACUCGUUUCCCCAUCGCUAAUGAAUUUGUGCAAUAUCAAUAAAUAGCGAUAAUCAGAAUUAUCGCUCGAAAUUGGUCAUAUUAAAAUUUUCGAGACAGAUAUAUAUACAUGUAUACAGCCGUGUAUACAUUCCCAAAAAAAAAUGAUCAACGACAUAGAAAAAUUUCAUAUCACGCAAUAUGUAAUCCGACCAUAAAAAUGUGUAUAAAAGGUAAUUAACAAUUGUAAAUAGUGAAACAACUGCGUAUUGAAUGUCUGAAUGCGGGAUACCGUAAGAAUAAUGUAAAAAGCGUGUAUCAAUAAAUGAAGUUAUCAGAGACUGUCUUUAGUGAUAAUUAACUUUGCAUGGUUCCACACGGCGCCUGAUGGGUGUCGAUUUGUGCGGAAAUUAUUUUUUUAUCAUUCAGUAUCUUUGGACGAUUUGAUUCUUUUCAUUAAGAUUUAAGGAGUCCGGAGAGACCAGAGAGAGAGAGAGAGAGAGAGAUACCUGAUUAUUAUCAUUAUUAUUCGUCAUUUAAUUCAUAAAUUGUGAAAGAAGGGACGAGUGGGGAUAAUAGAAGGUACAAAUAAAAACUUCAAUAAAUUUUA